UUGACCAAUGGGAAAAUUCAUUCGGAACUCCUUGUCGAAUAUUACGCGCCAAAAAAUAAAGUUUGAGUUGGUAAACAAUGACACAAGAUGUUCCUCAAAGAUAUCAAAUCGGGUUUUUAUGAUGCUGUUAGGCACCAGCGAGUUUUGGUACUGGUGGCCUUUGAUGUAGAUGCUCUUUGUGCGUGUAAAAUUUUACAGUGUUUAUUCCAGUCCGAUCAGAUUCUUUACACCAUUGUCCCAGUGACAGGAAAAGAAAACUUACAGCAAGCUUAUAUAGAAAACUCAGAAGGGGUGCGACAUGUGUUGAUGAUAAAUUGUGGUGCCUCUAUUGAUGUGGUAGAUGUUCUACAACCAGAAGAUUGUGUCUGUUUCUAUAUUUGUGACAGCCACAGACCAGUAGAUGUACACAAUGUGUUCAAUGCAGUUCAAGUCAAGCUACUGAUGAAGGAGGAUGAUUUUGAUGACAACCCAAUUCCAGAAUAUGACACAGUCUUCAGAGAAGAGCAGUCAGAUGACGACUCUGGCAAUGACAGUGAUGACUCAGAGAGGUCAGGAAAAAGACGGAGAUUCGAUGACGCUUCCAUUGAGAAGCGCAGAGAAAGGCGGCUCUGGGAAGAAAAUAGAACAAAGAUUUUAUUUGAAUACACACAAUUCUCAACUUUUGGCACAUCAGCAGCUUUUAUCAUGUUUGAGCUGGCAUGGAAGAUGUCUAAAGACACCAAUGACUUGUUAUGGUUAGCGAUACUGGGUGUGACAGACCAAUUUCUUCACUACAGAACAACCAGGGACAAGUAUAUAAAUGACAUCAUCACAUUGCAGGCUCAUGUGUCAAGACAUAACCACAGAGGAGAAGAAGAUGACAACUUGAUAUCUGUGAACUGUCUGAAGAUCUCGUACGAGGAUGAGCUGUUGCUUACUCUCUACAGACAUUGGUCAUUAUUUGAGAGUAUUUGUCAUUCUGUUGGCACUGCUUGUAAAUUCAAAAUCUGGACCCUCAAAGGACAGAAAAGGCUGCAUGAGUAUCUGGCAGAAAUGGGAUUACCUCUGACACAAUGUAAACAAAAAUUCAAUGCCAUGGAUUCCACUCUGAAGAAAAACAUCAAAGCAAUGAUACAGGAAAACAUGGAAAAAUAUGGGUUGGUUGCAGAUGAUGUUGUCAUUCCAUCAUAUAAUGCCCAGUAUGGAUUUAAAAACAAACUGUGUGCAGCAGAUGUAACACUGGCCUGCUCUGCUACAUUGGAAUCUAUUGAAAAAGGGAACAGUCCUACAGACAAUUUUCUGAAAGCCCUGGAUGUUUUGAAUAGGUCUAAUGUGGAGUCCUUGGAGAAGGCAAUAGACCUAGCCAGGAAACAGCUGCAGGCAGUGGUCGCUCAGGUCCAAACCUUCCUGGAUAUUCACCAGGUUAUCUCUGCAGGCCCAUUCCUCUAUACAUUCAUCCAGGAGGGCACUCAGGAUGUGAAAUUCUUUUCCAAACCAAACUGCCUUGUGAGACUAGCUAGGUUUACACUGGAAGCCUAUUGUUCAGUGACUCGCAACAAAAAAGCUCGUUCCCUUCCAUUAGUACUUGGAGCUCCUCUGGAUUUGGAACAAGGAACAACAUUAGUCAUAGGCAUCCCUCCUUUACAGCUAGAUGAAGACAGGAAAAAUUUCUUUGGGAAGGCUUUUGAACAAGCAGCAGCUAGUACUAACUCCAGGACUUUACACGACCAAUUUGAUUCUUUCAUAAUGGAGAUGAAAGUAGAGGAUAAAAGCAAGUUUUUUGAUGCAUUGAUCAGUCUGAUGCAGUGAGAACAGAAGUUGGCAAUAUUUGUUCCACUGUCCAAUGUCCUGUCUGUAUAGUGUUGCCUUCAGUAACAGCUGCCUAUCCCAACGUUCAGUCAACUGAUGGGAUAAUCAGGGAGAGAACUCUAUUUAAAUUACAUGUUGUUUUAGAAUGUUAAACAUUCUGAAACUGAAUGUGGGUAACAGCAUUUAAGUGCUAAUUAACUUAUUACCAAUGAUAACAUUAAAUAUAUGUUUUAGGAUGUUUCAUGCAUUUGUACAAUUUUAUCAUUAUUUAUAUUUUGACUUGUGAUAUUUGAAUAUAGACUGUGAAAUAAAGAUGAUAAUGUUAA